GGGUCCGAGGCGACCGUCUGGAAUGUACCAGAUGGCUCGUUUAGUUAUUAUAAAUACCAAUCCGUGUCGCCUCGCAUUUGACAUUGAGAAAUCAAGAACAAGGAAGCGGUCAGGUGAUUUACAGAAACCCAUCAAGCUACAAGAUUUUCUGGGAAAGAUGGAAAUGAUUCCAGGUUUCUUAGAUAACUACCGAGGAAGAAGCAUUAUCGAUCCAUUCUCUUCUUUUGAUAUUUGGAAUCCGUUCAAGGACUUUUCUCCUUUCACUUCCCCCUCAAAUUCUCUCCUUUCUCAUGAAAAUUCAGUUUUUGUAAACACCCGUGUGGAUUGGAAAGAGACACCAGAAGCCCAUGUCUUCAAGGCAGAUCUUCCGGGGCUUAAAAAAGAGGAAGUGAAGGUCGAAGUUGAAGAUGACAGGGUGCUACAGAUAAGCGGAGAAAGGAAUGUAGAGAAGGAAGACAAGAACGAUACAUGGCAUAGGGUGGAGCGAAGCAGUGGCAAGUUCUUGAGGAGGUUUAGGCUGCCUGAGGAAAGAGACACCAGAAGCCCAUGUCUUCAAGGCAGAUCUUCCAGGGAUGCAAAAAUGGAUCAGGUCAAGGCUUCUAUGGAAAACGGAGUUCUUACUGUGACUGUGCCUAAAGAGGAGCUCAAGAAACCUGGUGACGGUGUCAAGGCUAUCGAAAUCUCUGGUUAACUGAAUGAGAGAAUGCCCAUUGAAUAUCAUGUGCUUGUAAGAAUUUUGGGUUUUUUAGUGUUCAAAUGUAUUAUGUAACUAAAUAGUUUUGCUAAUAACAGUUCUUGUUUCAUCAUAA